UAUGUUUUUCUUCAACUUGCAAAAUAAAAGGGAAGUUUAAGUUUAAGAGAAACAGUGCAUUAUCUCGGUCUAUGGCUGUGAAAUUGUUUAACUGUCAUAGCAAUUGCAAAUACACUGUUCGAUUAGUGUUAACUUAUCUGAAAAGGACACAACAAGAAUUAUCUUUUCUGUUUCACAGCAGAAAUGAGAUCCAUGUUUGAAUUGUUUUAAGGGUUUUUCUAUCGAUCUGUACGCGAGAAUUUAGCGGCUGUUGAAUAACACAGUCAGCAAAGAUUGGUUCUUUUGCUUGAACCUGCAUGCUACAGAUAAACUAGGGACAAAAGUUGGUCAUUCAUUGAAGCUUUUAUGGGGAUCGGUGUUCAAUUCUCACAUCACCGCCAACGAUGAUGAUUUGAUUUAAUCAUACUUUGCCAUUAUUCGAAUAUGUUGUUAGUUAGUAUCGAAAUUGGCAGCAAAACAAGCUUCGCCACCAACCUCUAGAUCAAUGCUAGAGAAGAAGUUAGUUACGAAAAAUAAAGUCAGUACUGUAGUUUGUUAAAGUUACAGGACUGUCAUGCUUUAUGGUGUUGUUAUUGAAUGCAUAUGCGCUAAGGAAGAAUGGGUAGAAAUGAUGGUUUCAGCAUUCAAUCUUUCUGAGUUUCUCCUCGGGAACCUUGUAAUAUCUCAUUACUUUUGUCAGAUACAUUCGUCUGUCUUCAGCAAGCUGCUAUCUUUCACGUCAAAAAAUGAAUAACCCGGCUUUAUGGUUCUCUUUCAAUGGUGCAAGCAAAUCUCAACUGUUGACACGUUGUUCAAGAGACAAAUCUUCAUGGACCGUAUUUGUUAGUUUAGAAUAAUUCUGCUGCCAACCUUAGAGUCAUGACUAAAUAUUGGCGUUUCUGUGUUCAAGUUUAACUUCAAGCGACGCGUGAAUACGGAAAUAUUUUUUCAGUAAAAAAGCGUCAUGGUGUGACGUAACAAGAAGCCAGGGAUUUAACAAUUCGCAAUAUAGAAACCCUAUUAGAAUGAAAUACGAGCUGUUCUGAACUAUCACAUGAUCUUAUGUAGUUGUAGAUGCUGAAGAAGCCUAUAUAUUAUUGCUCCACAACUUACAAUGGGUGAUUUUUAAGCAAAAUAUUUGAUUUUUUAGUAUAGGGCUCACACUGUGUUGUAUUAUCAAAUUUUCUUGUUUUGGCUCUCUAAUAACACUUAGAGAGCAGAUUCAUUAAGCAAGCUGGUCCAGCUUAGUACAUUGGUCUCACGGACAGGGCAGCAAAAACAGCAUCUGCAGCGACAGGCCUGCCAACUUAGUGGUAUGUUGGGUUCAAGGGCACUAUUUUGUGACUUAUCGAGUAUUUCAGUUUCUAAAUGGAAAUCUCAAACUUGGAUGGAGAUAACAAACUUCAAACUCAGAAUGUUGUAUCCCAUGUUUUCUGUCUUUAGUUACAUAAUCCUUGGCUCAGUUUAUUGUUCACAAUAUUCUGUCCACGUUGAUCGCCUGCUUCUAACUAAUCACAUGUAUGCAGCAACUACAGUAAUUUCAAAAGUGGCCCUGAAACAUUUUCAUCUCAUUUAGACAAAAUAUGAAGCUUUCUAAAAGUCAAUUGCUUUCUAGAUUGUCUUUUGAUUCACACUGACAACAUUAUGGCAUGUAAUUACACUGCAAGUCUUAAAGUCACUUGAACAACUUUGUUCAGACCUGUUAAUGGGUGCAUUGCAAUUUUCCUCAAUUGUGCAUAAGAAACUCGACAGGCAAACAAACAGGCAAAGCUUCUAUAGACGAACAGGCUUUGAAAUUUUGGCUUAAUGGCUCCAGUGAAGAGUUUUCCAGAAACUGUAGUGCUCUUUGGAUACUUUUAUAAAAAAGGUUAUAUCCAACAUAUGGGAGUCAAAAGGGUAGGUUGUGGAGUGUGCUCUCAACCACAAUUACUUCUGAUAUUACGGGAGUUAAGUCUUAAAUACAGUUAUAGAUAUGUAGCCCACUCUCUUAGUUUAUUCCAUUUCUUCUCUCAAUUCCAAGAUAUUCACCAAAAAUUCCUCUGAUACCAUUAUGGACAAAUCUAGGAAGAUCCUUAACAUAUAUUUACAAACCUUUGCCAAUAUAGGGCCUUUUUAACAUACUAACUGGAGAGCAAUCGCCCCUGCAGCCCUCGUGACUUUCAUUGUUUUAAACAAUAGGCUACUGUCCUUCUUUUUUUAUCAACAAAGGUUCCCCCCCCCCCACAGCUAAUUUCUCCUGGAAAAGGCUAUGUACCAAUACAUGUCAUUGUCAACUGUGAGCUAUAACUAUUUACUCACUGGUAUGACACUACUGUUGUCAAUUCUAUGACAAAAGCUGAUACUAAUACACUUCUUACCCAAGUACCAAAGUCUCAUACAGUCAGUCAUAAAGUAGAGAGAAAAUGAGCUGAGGACAUUCCAUCCUUCCACUUUCCCUCUCCUUCUACUGGGCCCCCGCCACCCAUAGCAUUAUAAUGAAUUCAGUAGUUGAUACAGGCAUUUGCAAAUUGAUUAUAUGGAUAUAUGAUACAGCAUUGGCCAAAUAAGAGAUGAAAGUUAGUCAACGCCUCUUUGACUCGAAAUUUCCGUGGCUCCAAUUCUAGCAACUAAUUUAUCUUUUUCAUAUUGGUUUCGCUUUCUUAAUAAAAAACCUUAGAGACUUUGAUUUUCCACGAAAAGUAAUUUUUUGUCAAAUAUUCUCACAACCUUUCACACUACAUGCCCUUUGCACAUACCAAGCAAAUCCUGGGUACCAGAGACCCAGUAAAAGAUUGGGUCGAGCAUAAGAUUUCUAAACUUUUGGUUAAUGUUAUCAUAUUGCUUUAUCUUUUGUUGAAUUUAGAAGUACUUGGUUGCAAAUGGGUUUUUUAUUACGAAACUCAAGGUAUAUUGGUUAAGCAAAAUAUUUUCCUAGCUCAAGAGAUAUGAUGGGGUAACAUUCUAAUGUGAUUGUUGCAUGGUUUGAGUUUGGUUUAUCCAGCCACUGUUUAGGCUGGCUCAGUAGCCUUUACCGACAUAAAAACACGAGCCACCCACCUUCAGUAGACUGCACAGUUUGAUGGCCUAUAGAGAUAGGCUAAUUAUAUUAUAGGCCUACCACGGGUUACCAACAUAAUACCAUCUUACUACAACGCCUUAUAGAUAUGAAGUAUGAAAAAAUUAUUUAAACAGAUUUGAUGCGAAGAUUGUGUAAUUGAUUUAUCAGUUGAAUAUGCACAUUGACUAUUGAUUAGGACGAUUGGUCUUUUCAGAAUUUCGGUGACAAAACACAAACGCCACCCCUACGUCCAAAAGAAAUGUGGUUAGAGAAAGCUGUUAAGCGUAACUGUGUUCUGAUAAGAAUUGUUCAACCUUUUUGUUUGACAACCAGUUGACCAAUCUUUCAUCUGUAACUGGGAUAUCGUUAGAAUGUUGAUGUAGGUAUUGUGCCAUUUUUUACUGGGCUUCUUAAAAGUGUUUUUUGCUCCAGCCUUACAUGUGAUCUAAUUUCUAAGUUCGGAAUGAUUUAACACUACACGGCAAAUUAAACAUAACAAUUAGUUUUUUUCAAGUCCUAGCAAUUCAAAGUAAUUCCUUACACAAAUCGGUAACAAAAUAAAACAAUAUAUUGAAUUACACAGUAGUAAAUCCAAUGGGUCUUGAUAUAAAUUCAAACGCAACAAUUUACACAUUUUACCAACCAGCAGCAUUUUUGUGGGUAAAGUAGCAAAGAAAGAUUAAGCAAGAGAAGUUAAGUAAAGCAAGAAAGAUUCUUCCAGCCUAGCAUUCUAAAUUCAUUUUUUGCCCUGACGUUCUUUGACAAACCGGUUGGAGAAGUUGUGAUUCCAAAAAGAUAUCAGCUUUGAACAUCGGAAAGGACAUUGAAGUGAAGCUUCCCAACUGGAAAUACCUAACUGGAAAUUCCAGGCGUUUUGCGAUCAAUAAUAUGCUCAGAAGGAGCUUAUCUUGGUCAUUCUACACACAAACAGGGCACUUAUUCAUGGCGAAGAAAGCAUAAAUGAUGUAUUUAUGUAAAAUGAAUUAACUUCUCAAUUAAAGAGAUCCAAACCAAAUGGCUUUUAAGACGAUUGGGCGGGUUGCGAGAUCAUUCCAUGGGUUCAUCAGUUUUGUGUCAGGGACAGUCAUUUGCAUUUGUCAAGCUAGUAUGUUUGUUCAUUAUCGUGCCAAAUAAGAUUAAUAGCACAAACAGUAGAAGUUGGGUUGAAAUAGCCAAAUAUUGCUCAUAAUGCGUCUAGACCACCAUAUAAAUCUUUGGUUAAAUCAAAAAGUUAUCAUGAUAUGAGCUGUCAUUUAUGAAAGGAGUUAUUGUAAUGUGCGGAGAGCAACAGAACUCAAAUGCAUCAGAAUUUGUCAAGGAUUUUAUCACAAUAGUAAAAGGAUCAAAAAUUUUAAAGUGGCUGUGAAGAAAGCAAACAUUCUGAAAUAUGCUAAAGCCUUUCGUCUGACAAUCUUCAGAGUAUAAAACACCAGAAAAUGCAUUGAAAACUCUAAACUAGGAAAUAUAUAUACCCGGUUGUGGAUCGAAAUAGGCCAAUCAGAAACUCGAGCUUGCACUGUAAAGGUUGCCUACGCAGUGCCGCAUGUCUAUUAAAAAUACUACCAGUGGAUUCCCAGGGUAAAACCGAACUCCUUCUGUCUACCCAAUUGUAAAUUUUCUUUGUAUGUAGAUAGAGCCUCAGUCUUGCCCAUCAAAAACAAGAACUAACAACGACAUUUUUAGGAUUAGUGGUAGAGCCCGGUCGGAUGCUGUUCUCUUUGGAAGAGAGUUUGGUUUCUAAUGCUGGAAAAAACCGGCUGCAUUUUUCUAUCUCCCAAUCUUUUGUCUGUGCGUUCUGCGUAGCCAAAAUCCCUCUGUCAAGUAAACUCAUAAAUAACGGAGCUUUUGUGGGUGAUAAGAACUUUUGAAUGGAUUUCAAUCCACAACCGGGUGUAUAUAUUUCCUAGCUUAAAGUUUUCGAUUUGAAUUCUGUCGUUUCAUGCUCUGAAGAGUGUCGGACGAAAAUUUUUAGUAUAUUCCAAAAUGUUUUCAUUUUUCAAAGUCAUAUUUAACUUUUCUACCACAAAAAAGUGUUUAUGAAGCAUAUUGUAGAAGCAUAUUAAACGUGCCUGCUUUUAAAGCAAUAUUUCGACAAAAUAUUAACAUCGUACUUUACAAUAUCAUCACAAGAUUGCUAAAUACAGUCAAUUUUUAGACAGAAAGACUCGGAGAAAGAGUCUGGGUCCGAAUAUCUCUAUUGACGUCGAUUUUCAGAUCAUGUAAGCCGAGUUGUUUUUAUCAAGCAACAACAACCCUAUUGGUGUUUAAAGCAUCCUCCAUUCGACUAGACAGACAACAGUUGACUUGACUUCAUCUUUGAGAUCAUUAGCAGCUUUUGGCCAAUUGUCUAAAAACAAUAGGCCUUGUCUAGUCUGUUGAAAGUAGGAGAAGACAGAAAAACGUACUCCAUUGUACAAACUGUUUGUCUUUUCAAAAACGAUUUAGCAAUAUUGCAGAUAUUUUUAAAAUGAUAUUACUGCGAGAAAUUUGCAUCAAUUUUUCAUGGUCUUGCUGGUUGUACGAAGGGUUCUAGAAAAUUCAGGCAGAUCAGAAAUAGAAACUAUCUGAUACCUUGUAUUUAAGAAUUCAUAAAGCGGUUUUGAUGCCACGCAAACUCACGUGAAGCCUCAAUCGAAAGAUCUGGGAGUUGACUUUCAUGUAUCUACUGGCAGCAAGUCAAACAGUUUACUAGAACUAGUAUCCUUACCACUGGUUAAAUAAUUAAUUGACAAAAUUGAAAGGAAAUAUGAUUGUAAAUUCUAACAAUUGCAUCUUAUGAACCUUGAAAUAUCAUCUUUAAAGGCAAGGCGCCAUGUGAUAAUUCUAUGUGAUCGGGGGCUCUAGAUUAUAACGGAUAUCACUCGACUUCAAAGUUUCAAUACAUGAAAAAUCCCAUUACAAAGUUUUUGGGUUCUUAGACUAUGAUCAAAUUUAGUAUAAGAAAUGUUUUUCAAAUUGAAUAACCAAUCGCAGUAAGAAGACAUUGAACUAACAAGCGAUUAAACUUUUUUCUAAUCUGUUUAUCAUUAUUUGUGAAGUUAUUAAUUUUCCUUAAAAGGUCUUAUCCUAUCCAGUCCUGGAACAGGCAAAGGCGACCUAUGGAGUUAUUAUUUUCUAGUUAUUACAUGAGAUUUUCCGAUACAUACAGCCAAUUGUUUGCUGUGUUAGUUAUUCAAAUCAGUUCAGAGUAAAAUGCUAAAUUUGAUUAAAACAAGGGCGACCCAAUGUAAUCUUAUACCGAAUGCAGUCUAGGUCAUUCUCAUUCAGUGGCCGAAAAUUUCCCAACUCUUUAAAGAUUUUCAAUGCUCCAGUCGCUCUGCUGUCGACUUGCUGAUCUUUUAUUUUGCUCCUUAUGUUAGAGCAAUGAAUGAAUCAGCGCCAAAUUAGAUAGGUUGGAGACCCGCACGAUUUUGUGUCAAUAGUAAGUGAAUAAAUGAAUUAUCUAAUGAAUUGUGAAGAAAAGCAAUAAUAAGUGCGACAUUGCAAUGAUAUAAAGAACUCGCAUGAAAAUUGAGCCAUCGAUCAUAUACGAUGCAUCGAUCCUGCCAUUCGAUAAAAGCGAUGUUUGUUUUUUAUAAUUCUAAAACCAAUUGGCCUUAGCACCAACUGCCGAUCGGUUUUGACUGUAUGAUAUGUAUACGUAUAUGUUUAAUGUAUAAUUCACGGAUAUAUGCAAGGAUAUCCUGCAGCUGCAUUCGUUGCGCAUAUUUUAAAUGGCCAUACUUUUGAACAACGUAUAAAAUCAACCUAAUUAUUGCUUGAAUUGCACUUUGCCUUAAAAAUGGCUUCAAACGAGCAGGCAUUGAGGGGAUGGAGUUUGCUUGAUCAGACUCUUUCGUCACCGCCUAGCUGGACUGGCCAGCCACAUGGCUACUCCCAUCUCCCUUUAUUGUGCUCAACUACCGGAUGCAAACAAUAAUGGUUUAGAAAUAGUACUUUUGUUUGACAUUCACAAUGCUUAUUCAAUUAAAGAGUGGGUAAACUAAAACAAACAAGCUCAUUUGGAUGAUUUAUUCAAAACUAAGGUCGAGGAAAGCGUCUUGUCACGGUAAACAUUCUGCAAAACGAAUAAUGUCGCCUCUAAGGAAUUUUUAUUUAUUAUUAUGGUAAAGUUUCCCAUGUUAUAAAAUGGGGCUAAUAUCAGCUGCAGUCAAUGUUGGUUGCUGCGAACAUUGAGACAAAAAUUUAUGUUGGUUGCUGAGAAAACAAAAAAUAUGUUCUCUUCAAACACAUCGAAGUCAAAUUAAAGUUUGAAUUUAAACCAGGUCUGUCCAAGAAUGUUUGAGCAAUAUCGUUUAGAUCACCAUCUUGGAGAACAAGGCGCCGCUUUCAUUGCUGCUAAUUUUUAGGAAAGCCCCAUUCCCUCCAUUUUAAGAAACAUUCCACGCGUCAUUAGCAGACAGAAAUGUAUUGACAAAGUGAUUAUGAUAUACAUUCAUUGUCUUGUUAUCAUUGACAGGUUUCAAUUAUGUUAAACUGCCCCUAAAAUCUUCUAUUCUUCUCUAGUAUAUUGCCUACAUUAAGUUAAUGGGCAUAAAGUCAACCACAAAAUUUUUGAUUAUGUUUUUAUGAUAAAUGGCGGCGUAUAUCGGACGUACUCGAUUAUUCGAAUUUGAAAAAUCAAAACAGACAUAGUCUGGUAUUGAGAAUCACUCAGUCAAAGUAAAGAGGGAAUAAAGACGGAAGUUUUGCGUCUGUGGAGAUCGACCAGAUGAAAACCAGCAAAAAUCAGAAUCGCUUUUUGGUAAUGAUCUUAAUGUCCGCCAUCGACAUCGUCCUGGCGUCAGUUUCGACAUCUUGCAAUCCUGGCGUUCUCAAAGAAUUCGGUUUGUGUGAGCAAUGGGCAUGCGCACAGAACUGUACUUGCGUUGAGCGACAAGACUGCCAUCAGUAUUGCGACGGAAAGACUUGCAAGGACAUGAGAUGCUUGUCACCAAAAAUAUGCAAACAGAAGGUUCAUCUUAACGGUAUAGUUAGGCCACAUGUCCUUAACAUGUUUGCACGGGCAUCGCUAGUAACACAAGAUUGCCAAGGAGGUACCUGUGACGUCAUGAGAGCUAAAGGACCGAAACUUAAUAGGCGGUCGAAAAAUCAGAAAAGGAAAAACGGGAAGCGCAAAGACGGUCACCGGCGAGGUCGAGCUGUGUCUGGUGGAGAAAGAGAGCAGAUGACAUCUUAUGCCGCUUUGCAGAACUGUGUUAGUGGUGUUUGCAAGCGCCUUGUCUCGACGUUGAAAAUAUCCAAGCAGUUUUGCUCUCAUUGCGAUAAAGUCCACUGCUUUGGAGCUUCGGCAACUAACUGCACUCAGAUAUGUGCGAGCGGAAAAUGCAAAGUCAUGCAAUGUGAUUCAAAGCAUUGCGAACAAGCCUGCCUUCAAAACAGUGUUUGUCAUAUGAAGUGCGGCAAGAACGCUAAGACUUGCUUGCAGGUUUGCGCAUUAGGGAGCACCUGUCAAAUGUCAUGUGAUGCUGAAAGCUGCAAACAGGAAUGUGGAGUGAACAAGGAAUGCCGAAUUUUAAAUCGCUCUCCAAAAACACAAAAAAACACAAGCACAACAGUGUUGCCCACCACACAGGGUACGCCAAAAACGAUUGACCAUUCAUAUACAAAAGACGUUUACAACACAAGCAAACAGUCUAAAACAAUAUCCUUUCCCGCAAGCACAACCCAAAAUAAAACCAAUAGUCCAACCACAACAUUACCUACGACAACAAAUCCAGCAACAUCAACAAAAAAUCCAACAACAUCAGCGAAUGAAGCAACAACAGCAUAUUUCAGAGAUCUCCUGCAAAGCACUCUGGGAAAUGAAAUACCGGAUGUUCCAAAAACAAUAGCAGAAAAUGAAACAAAAACAGUUGUGGUUGUUGAUAUUCUGAAAAAAUCAAACGACUAUUCAACAAGAAGAGGAAGUUCUGCGGGAGUACUGCGAACAUUAGACUUACGGAUGUUUGGAUCAUUAACAUUAAUUGUGUUUAAAUUGCUGAUACUACGAUGAUAAUAUUUUUAUGAAAGAAUUUAAGAAACUAAUGCUGUAAGUGUCGAAAAUGUGGCGUCGAGACACUGCCAAGUGCUAUUCCUGAAGUGAGCAAUGAGUGUAGGCCGUCGUAGCUCGUGCUGUCAUAUACAUUAUCAUUCAACAUAUGCUACAAUAUGCAUUCCAAACUAUUCUCGAAAGGAUUUCAACUAAUAUCCCUGUGGUUUGACGUUCUCUUAAAAAUCUUGUCAUUAAACAGCUGUGAACAUUACAUUUUUAAAAUAACGUCAAAAAUGUUCAUCUAUUCAAGUAAAUAGUAAAAUGAGAUCUCUCCUUAUAACCAUAACCAUAUCAAAAUUAGUCGAUGCUAACUGAAUAAAUAUUUAUUCGAUUACAACAACAUUAAUGUGUAGCUCUAAGAAAUAGCUAACACCUCAUCUACAUAAAAAAAUGUGGAUGAUGCAGAGUCUAGAAAAAUCACACCGCCAGCAACCACGAGUGACGUCAUUCAAAACAUGCAUGCUAGCCUUGUAUGCAUAGUUUAUCAAGGAAGGUUGAUGGUUUAUCUGGACUCUGGAAAAAUGUUUCAUAUUUUAGUAGCAAAUGCAUUCCUGAAGCAAUAACUUGUUUUCUUUCAUAAAAAGUUCCGCUAAUUUGUAAAGUACUGAAGUAAAAAAGAAACCAUAGAAAAUUUUAAUGCACAGAAUUGUGUAAGACUCUUGAGUCGAAUGUCUGUAAUUGAUUCCCGAAGCCUUGUUUGAUGAACAAAUUCUGCCAUACAGUGUGCAUUUAAGGACUAUGGUAAUAUCUUUUAAUGAUCGUCUCGAAGUAUAGCAUCGUUCUGUCUCGUUUUACAUCCAUUUCGUGGCGAGAGAGAAUCUUUUGUCUCAAUAUAGAUGGUCAUAACAAGUUACUUGCAUCUCACAACUACGACGCGUACAGUAUGAACAGAUAAUUAGCUUUUGUAAUAUACAAUGUCUAUAUAAGAUAAUUUUAUCGUUUAUAGAGCUAUGAUAUAACUUUAAUAGCGGAUCAAAAUAUUUCUAAAGACAUAUGUCUACUGUAUUUAUAAUACGUAAGCUCUAGAUACGAAAUGAAGCAUGUGUUUAUUGGCAUCAUUUUGUUAAAAUGAGUCAUUAUGAAAGCAUUCUCUCGUUACAUAAGCAUUCACCAAUCAUUUUGGUAGAAAUACUUCAAGGGGAAUAAGCUAGACCCUUGCCUCGUUAUUCCUCCAAGCUUUGAUAUAUCAAAUAAGUACAAUUCAUGAUAACGCCGUUUAAAAAGAAGUCCUCUUUCGAAAAACACUUGCUCGUUUUGUCCCCAUUUAAGAUAAGAAUCUUAAUUUUAUGUCAGUUAUCCGUAUUGAGUUUUGUAGAUUUUAAUUUUGUUCUUAACUUUGCUUUUUCGUCGUAGUUUUGUAACUUUGAUUGAUUUAAGUGUUAUUUUUAUUCAAAAGGAUACGAAGUUUGUUUGUUUGUUAGCUUAUCAUUAGUGGACAUGUAAAUUAUGAAUAUUUGAUAAAAUAUAAGUCUUCUUAA